AAUUACAUGCAGACUUUCUGCAUCAAGUGUCAGCCCGGCAAGAGGAACUUCUCUCUUUCCUUAGAGCGCUCCGUCUCUCUGGUGGACUUGGUGAACGGACUGACUGACUAACUCGCAGGGGCUUUUUCACCCUGAUGGAUCCAGAGAGGAGUGAGUGACUAGCGGAGGUUUUUCAGGGAGAGAACAGGACACAUGGAAUAUGGCUCAUAUUGGCAAAACCCCACUGCGGAGGUCCUUCAGUGAGCAUGUGAAAGUCUCUACCAACAAGGCUUGGGAUGUAUUCUGGAAGAGUGCUAGGGAGAAAAGGCUUUGGGAGAUCGAAGCAAAGGAGGCUUGCGAUUGGCUAAGAGCGGCCGGCUUCCCCCAGUACGUGCAAUUAUACAAAGAUUGCAGGUUCCCCAUUGCUAUAGACUGGGUAAAGAGUGAUCAUGGUUUCCUGGAUAAGGACGCGCUAGAUUCCCUCUGCAGGAGAUUAAGCACUUUAAACAAAUGUGUGGAGCUGAGGUUGGAGCUGGGCAGAUCAAAAAGACGGGGGGAGGGGUCAGAGGAUGAGGAGCCCUGUGCCAUCAGCACAAAAUGGGCCUAUGAGAGGCGAACAAGGCGCUGGCGUCGCCUGGAGGGAAUGGGCUUCCUACAUUCACCGGACAGCCAGGGCAUGUCCCUGUGUGACGCCAACGACCACCACGAGGUCUACUCCCUCCAUAGCACCAGCAGCACAGAGAGCGAGGGCUGUGAGAGCCCCAAGACCGCCAUUGAUGACCAGGAGACCAGCGGGAGCUCUUCUCGCUGCUCCUCCAUCAACAAGAUCCCAUCCCUAGACACUUCAUUUAGCGGGCCUCCCUCCCCAGGGGGUGAGACGCCCAGUUUUAGCAGCGCUGAGGAGCGCUUCCUUGACAAGCCCCCUAGGAAGAAGGGCCCCAGUCUGCUGAGGAAGAUGGAAAAACUGCGUCUGAGGGGCACGUCCAACCUCCACUCCCCCACCCACAGUGGCCUCAGCAGGGCCAGGCUGGUCAUCUCUGGCCCCGUGCUCCAGGAUAGUCUGGAUGUCGAGCACAGGCUGAGACGGCUUCAGUGUCUGGAUAUCUCCACCCUGCGGCACAGGGAUAGGGACCGUCCAGGCAGCCAGGCCUCCUCCUCACCUUCCUCCCCCCACUCGGGCAGCAGCAGCCCCAGCCCUUCAGAGAGCAGCAGUACUGUCAGCACCCCCAGCCCCAUCACCAGAGUACGCAGCAACUGCCGGGUCCGAGAGCACCAGGACUACAAGAACGACAGAAAUAACCACGAGAGCCUGGUCUUCCAGAUCCCCCAGGGGCACAAGCCAGGCACAUUCCCCACAGCCCUCACUCACAACAACUUCCUGUUGCCCAUAGACAACACCUCCAUCAACUGGAGGACUGGGAGUUUCCACGGGUACCGCGGGAGACGGAGCAGGGGAUGUGCAGCGGCCAAGGACAAGGAUUCCACCUGCUGCAGCUCCCUAGCCUCAUUGGACCACCGGGCCAGUAUCUAUGACAACGUGCCGAUAGGCCAGGUGAUUGGCCAGGAGAUGGAGCAUCAUGGGGAGGCGGAGACGGGGGAGAUCAGCGAAAACGAUGAUGUCUUCUCCGCGCUGGACAGCGUGAUGGAGCGUAUCAUCGGCCUACAGCAGCUCGUCAACACCUGGACAGACAAACUGUUGGAGGACGGUGAAUCGGAGACUAAGCGCCACUCCACACCCUCGCCCUGUCCCUCGUCCUCCUCCAAUCACAUCCACCUGGAGGUCAAGGAGGCAGAGGAUUUGGGGCCAGGAGCCAUGGAGGGGGAGGGUGAAGGGGAUGAGGAGAACCUAGAGAAGGAGUCUGCGGAUGGAGAUGACCCUGAGGCACAGUCACCACCAUGUAGUAUCAGACAGAGCCAGCACCACUGGUCCAGCGAGCAGAGUCUUCCAUCAGUUACCCCCAGCGGCUCAGGAGUCGAGGCCCAGUCUGUUUCUCAGCUUCACCUUCUGCAGAAACUCUCCCUGCUUAAACUCACUGCUCUCAUGGACAAGUACUCCCCAUCUAGCAAGCAGGGCUGGAACUGGACAUUCCCAAAGCCUCCAAGGAAGACCAAAGCCCCAGAGCUGAAGGGCAGGAGGGUGUUUGGUGUACCCCUCCUCCACGAUGUGCAGCAGACAGGGGAACCACUACCUUCCAGCAUCCUCAAGGCCAUAAUUUAUCUGAGGACAGAGUGUCUCGAUCAGGUGGGUCUGUUUCGAAAGUCGGGGGUGAAGUCUCGUAUCCAGUACCUGCGCGACAUGGUGGAGGCGGACCCAGAGGCCAUGUCCUACGAGGGCCAAUCAGCUUUUGACGUGGCUGAUAUGGUGAAGCAGUACUUCAGAGACCUACCAGAACCUGUGUUCUCCAGCAAGCUCUGCAAGUCCUUCCUGCAUAUCUACCAAUACUUCCCCAAAGACCAGCAGUUCUGUGCGGCCCAAGCAGCCAUCUUACUCCUGCCUGAUGAGAACCGUGAGGCCCUGCAGACACUCCUCCUCUUCCUCCGAGAUGUGGUGGGCUGCGUGGACGAAAACCAGAUGACCCCCACCAACAUCGCUGUGUGCCUGGCCCCCUCCCUCUUCCAUCUCAACACGCUGAAGAGAGAGGACAACACAGCAAGGUCAAGCCACAGGAAGUACAGCCUGGGUAGGCCUGACCAGAGGGACCUUAGUGAGAACCUGGCUGCCACUCAAGGCCUGGCCCACAUGGUGACGGAGUCCCUGUGCCUCUUCAAGCUUCCAGAGUUCUGGCCGGGCCAGAGUGUGAGCAACCCCAGUGAGGAGGCUGUCUGGGUGGAUGUGAGUCGGAGUUCGCCCUCUCAGGGUGAGGAGGAGGAGCAGGAUGAGAGGGCCAGACUGGUCCAGACCACCCAGCACCUGUUGAGAGAGGCCAGGGAGAAGAGUAGAGGCUGGGAGUCCUGCUCUGGACCAGACAAUGUGGACCUGGCUUUUAAGAAGGUCGAUGAUGGCUGGCCCCUACGGUUGUGGAAGGGCUCUGUUGAGGUAGAUGCCCCCCAGAAAGAAGCCCUCCAGCGGGUCCUGAGGGAGCAUGGGCACUGGGAGAAGACCCUCAAACAGUCUGCAGUAGUCCAGACACUGACCAAGGACACCGAGGUCUACCGCUACCUCCUGCAAGGCCUGGGAUCCCGGCCGCCACAGGAGCACCUGCUGCUGAGGACCUGGCAGUCAGACCUGUCGGCUGGUCCUGCUUAUGUGUCGGCUGUGUCUACAGAGCACCGCGAGGCCCCCAUGGAGGGGGUGAGAGCCCAGGUCCUCUCUUGCCUCUACCUGGUAGAACCCCUGGGGGCUAAGAAGUCCCGACUUACACACCUCUGUCGUACAGAUACAAGGGGCCGGUCCCAGGAGUGGCACAACAGAGUGAGUGGACACCUACUGGCUUCCAACCUGCUGGCUAUCAGGGACUCCUUCAGACCUGACCAUAGAUAGAACAAGAUCUGAGUCAUAGUCCCGAGACAGAGCCCAGGCCUUGUCGAGCCAAAAGAGGAGGAGAGAGGAGAACAACACAAACAGAUAGACAGAAGCCUCCAGGCAUACAGCUGUAGCAGAGGAAAUGAAAGAGGGAGUAGAAGGCAAGAGAGGGGGGGGGGGGCUGAGAAGUUGUUUUAUACCCGAGACCUGAUGUGAAUUCCAGAAGCGGACUCACAGCAGGGGUCGUCUGAUGAAGUGUUCAGGCGGAGGCGGCGGAGCUUUGCGUUAUCAAGAGUGACUCGGGAGCCUGUCACCGUAAUGAAAUGUCUCAUCCCAUUUAAGUGACUGUUUCAGGCCUAAUGCAUGGCAGGGGGGCCUCCGGCAGAGAGUUAGAACAGGGCCUUGUGUGACAGUUCAGUAGAAAAUAUACCUUUUUGGCGAUAAAACCCUCGGUUGGUCACACUUUCAAGCAGGGCAAAGUCAAGGAUUUAGGAAAGCCUCGUCUUGCAGUUGAGAACUGAGGAGAUUCUCUUGUACAUGUGCCAUUGUGACAGAUAUCCAGUGAGGCAGGUUGCGGUCCUCAAACCUGUACUCUGUAAAUUAUUUUACUGUCAAAAGAAUAUUACUUAAUUUUACUUGUAUGUGUGUAUAUUUGACUUGACACUUCAGUGUUGCUCUGGCUUUAAAAGUGUCUAAUGUUGUAAACUUACAAAUGUAUGACAGUAUGUUUAUACAUGUACAUAUUCAUAAGUGUGCUUUAUCUUGUUCAAUUUAUUAUUAAAUGGCUUUUAUUUCUUAAAAUGAUUAAACAAAAUGUAUUUAGCAAUACUAAGAGAUUUAUUUAAAUAUUGUUUUUCAAGAUGAAAAAAACUGCAGCGUACCUUUCUUUGUAAUUAGUGUGCUGAAUUGAAAUGAUACAUCAAUAAUGACAACUGAUUAAAAUGUUGAUUUCUCUAUAGCCUUCUCGCUUUUGUGUGUGUCGUGAUGAUGGCCUGCUUGAAUCCCAGCCAGUCACACUGAUUGUUCCCUCUGAAGACCCUGAAAUAGCGAACAGCCAGAGGAAGAUGUGUCACACUGCUUCCAUCAGAGAAGAUUUACAGGUCUGGGCUUAUGAUGUUCAUUUCCAAAGACAAACAUUCUCUCUCCCUGUUACAAUACACUUAGGAAAUAAUUUAUGCUGUCAAACUGCCCACUCGUGUCAUAUUUGCAUAAUUUUCAUUUGCAUAUCGUAGUCAUCUCCAAGAUCACAUAAUUCAAUCCACUUUAAAACACUUAGUACUGAGGCAUUGGCCUAAUAUCAGGAAUAUGCUGAAUA